CAUCUCUUUGAUAGUGGUUUUGAGAGUGGCGAGCUCGGACCUGUUUUCGAUGAAGUUCCUCUUUCUUCAUUCGCACCUAUUUCUUCCAUUCUUUUGCCAACCGUAAGUGUUUCUUUGCCAGCAUUGACUACUUCUGUUCUUUCACCAGUUUUAAUUGCUUCUACUUCCAUUCCUAUGUCUACUUCUUCCGUUCCUGUUCCCACUCCUACGACUCCUGUGGUGUUUACCUUUUCUACUACUUCCCCUUCCGCUGUUCCAUCUUCAUCUGUCCCACAUAUAGAAGUAAGUUCCAGCAAUAGAAGCAUGACUAUGAGGAGUGUCACACUCGAAAUCCCUGCUAAUCAAAGCCUCUUAAGAAAAUCUGGGAGAGCUGAUACUUGGCUCCAACCUCUUAUUGGAGAAAUUGAAAAGAAUAAGAUGCAAAGCCAUAGUUGUUACACUUUGAUGAAUGACAUAGUUCAUUCAACUUUGAAGGCUAAUCUUAUUGGGACUGAAUUGAUGGGGCGAGUUUCUACAUUGGAGAAAAAGGAACGAGAGUCUACAAGGGCUCUAUCUGAGGCUAGGAAAAUAGCUGAGGAUGCAUUAUUUGAGGCAGCAAACUGGAAAAAACAAUUUGAGAGUACCCAAGUGACUGUAGAAGAGUUGCGGGAGAGCAAGGCUCACUUGGAGCAACAAAAUCAUGGCUUAACUUCUGAAUUGGGAAUUGCGAAUGCUUCUUGGGGUCAGCUUAAAGAGGAUAAAGAGCUUCUGGAACGUUCUUUAUCUAGAGCCAAUGAUGAGAUUAAAGAGCUUAAAGCACUCAUGGAGAAGAAAGAAGAAUACGCAAAGGAGUUAGCUCAAAACUUAAGUCAUGCUCAGAAUGAUUUAAGAAUUUCUUCUGAUAGAAUCCGUGCCUUGGAAAGUUCUCAUGCCUCUCUUAAAGCUUCCCUGGAUUCUCAUUUAGCCGAGCACCAAAUAAUGAAAAAUGACCUUGCUAUGUGGGAAAAGGAAUACAAGGCUUUGGAGAAGGAAUAUAAUGACCUUGCUCGGUGUCUUUGA